AAAAUGCAAAUUUAUUUAUUUAUAAUUUUUCCGUUUUUAUUCCAAUUUGGAAUUUGUCAAUUUGAUAGAGUUGAUCUUUCUGAUAAUAAAGGUAGAUUUAUUCGUCCUUGUUAUUUCACAAAUUGGGCAAUAUAUAGAAGUGGUCGUGCAAAAUUCGCUCCAGAGGAUUAUGCACCGGGGCUCUGCACACAUAUAUUUUAUGCUUUUGCUUAUUUUAAUGAAAGCUUUGAAGCAUAUGCGAUUGAUCCUAACGAUUUACCUAAUGACUCAGAUCCUUUGGGACAAUAUGCUCGAGUUGUCGCCUUAAAGGUAGAAAUUCUGAACUUUAGAAAAUCAAGAAAAAGUUCAAACAAACAUUCAAAUAAUCAUUUCUUAUACAACGGGCCCAGAAGGACAAAGUAUUGA